CAUUGUUGUUGUUGGUCAAUAAUCUCGUUCGGCGGAUGCCGUCUGUGGAUAAUUUGUCCUUAAAAAUUGUCCUAUUUGCCCUCAAAUUUAGUUAAAAAAUCAUAGAGGUUAACACCAUGGACGAAAACUUGGAGGUGGACGAAGUACCAGAAAUGGCAAACACUGAAGACAAUGACGACAAAGAAUUUGAUCCGCCGAUUGAGAUGAUGAUCCACGACUAUGACGACGAGCGCACCCUGGACGAUGAAGAAGCUCUGGAAGAGGAGGCCGAGGAGGUUCUGGACGAGCUGUCCGAACUGCAGAAAGACAAUGAAAUUCCUCUGGCAGAGCUGUUUGCCAUGCAUGGCUACGGAGAAGUGCAUCCAAUUAAUGUGGAGAACGACAUCGAGGCCAUCAUCGAAGACGACUGCAGCAGCGUUGUCGAAGAAACCAUCAGCAUCAAGACCACCAGUAUCAAAACCAGCAUCACCAGUACUCAUGUUUUGCAGAUGUACGUAGAGGACGAGGAGGACCUUUACACCUCCCUCGAAUUCAGCAACUCAGGCAUGUACAAGACGACCAGGGUGGGCGAGGAAUAUCAGGCUCAGGUUCCAGAAAUUGCCUGCAGCAUGGACACAGUUGAUCCUAAUUACGGAGCUCCUGACACUCUACUCUGGGACCCAAGCCACCUUUCGGAAAACCAGGUCGAAGCUUUCAAUAAAGCAACUGAAAAACUCCUGCAAGAGACUGGAGAGAACUGGGUGAAAGACAACGAUGAAUUCCUUUACUCGCUGAUGCAGAGCAACUUUAACAUAGAAGAGGCUCUUCGACGGCACUCCUUCAACACCAUUCAACCUGUGGACACCAUGUCUCUGUGGACGGAGCAGGAGGUGGACAGGUUCGAGAACGGACUGUGCACGUACGGCAAGGAUUUCUUUAAAAUCCACCAGAACAAGUUGCCAUCAAAGUCAGUGAUGGACAUUAUCAAAUUUUAUUACCUGUACAAAAAGACUCCCAGGCACGAAACGCUUGUGACGAGAACGGAUGUUAAAAUAGGCAAAAAGACGAGACCAUUCAAGAUUAGUUCAAAUAGGAACCUUGAAUUUUUAGAAAACCUUUUAGGUGACGGUUCAGGGAAAUCUAUGGCAGCUGAAGCGUGAAUAUUUUUAACAAAUAUGCUAUUUUGAUCUCAUGAGAAGAUUAAAUUUUGAACUGUAUUUAAUUUUAACGAAUAUUUUAGGGUUUCUUGCCUGGUUUUCUUUUUAGUAGCUUCAGACAGAUUCUUGUUAAACUUAGCUUCGAUUUUUGUUUUAGAUAUUGUUGAACCCCCUGGAAUUGCUUUAAAUUGUAAUUUAUUGCAAAGUGACUUGCAUGUUCUAGCUGUUGGACAUAAGUUUAAUCCCAAGUACUUAAUGAAGAAGAAAAAGGCACUCUGGUAAUGUCUCAUAUCAGCUACAGCAAUUAAGUGCUAACAGAAAUCCACGAUUUGUCCUCGGAGUUCCAAAUCAUUGAUUAGGUUCCUACCUUAUUCUAUAAUUGGCUCAAAACAUAGUGAUACAACACUUUCGCCCAAAUCUACGAAACGAACCUAGUGUGCCAUACGACAUACACUUUGCUUCUUCAAUACUCAUCAUCAAUACAUUAACUUAUUCACAAAAUAAACUUUAGAUUUUAAUAAAU